AUGCAUCAUGAAGCAUGCAGCAGGGACAUAAACAGGACACAGAUGCCUUUUAUAGAUGCCCUGGAGUCAGGCAAACUGGCAACUUACUUGAGUGAUUUAUCACUCAGUCAGCAUGUAUCAUUACGUCCACAUACCAGCACUCCAUCUCUCAUCUACGGGGCUGCCUUAGCCAAAACCCCUGUUUUCAGUCAGCGAGACACUAUGGCAGAAUUACCAGAAUUCAGCGCAAAUGGGAAAAAUAGCAUUUAUUAUACAGGAAGCAAUGAUGUCAUAUUGGACAGCAAAGAUUCUUCUGUGCUCUUACCCACACAGACCAAAUCCAUUCAGCCAAAUACAGAACAGAGCCUGCUGAACUUAAAUCCCUACAUUAGGCCAGCUAGUGCCACAGAAAUUGCGAGUGUUCACAGAAAAAUUCAGCAUUCCAUAUCUGCUUCAGCUGCUGUUUCGAGUUUUCCUGAGAUGUCAUCUUCUGUAUCACACACUCAUAUACUCCAAAGAAAUACAUUUCUGAGACCACUGAAUGGAACAUCUUCAGCCAGGAGAAAGCAGACCUCACGUAAUAUAGGGAACAGCGUGACCUCAGUCAAACAAGAAGUACCUGAUUCUAGUGUACAAAGACAGAACAGUUUUGACUCAGACCUGUCGCUCAACUCGAGUUCUAGCCAGAACAGUGCUACAUUUUUCAACCCUACUUUACUAAGCACUACUGAUCAUCAUAUGCACACAGAUUCAUUUUCCAGCAAAGCAUCGUAUACUUCAUCUUCGGAUUCCUUUAAAAUAAAUACCUCAGGUUCACAGGCAUCAUUAAAGCUUGAUAUGAAUACUAAUUUCAAUUCUGCAAAGUUUGGCAUGGAAACUAGUUCUUAUUUAAAGCAGAAUAGAUCAUUGUAUGAUGUGCCAUCACAGUCUCGGGGAAUUUUUCCUUCUAUUUUAUCUGACUCAAAGUUUCAACCAGUGACACAGACUUUAACAUCAGAAACAAUGGGAGCCUCAGGAAACCAAACACACAAGAAAGUUCCAGUGACAAGCACAUUGACAGGUCUUGUUUAUUACAGGCGCACUUCUGAUUCCAACACAAAUUCAGUUUUAGCUUCGGAAAAUAAAAAUUCUUCCAACAUGGCACUCCAGAAUUUGUAUGAAAAGACACCAGCCAGUAGCACAUUGGCACCAUCAUUUACAACCAUUUCCAUAUUGCCAAAUUGUAAUUCAUCCUAUGAAAAGCCUGGCUCUGGUGUUAAGUCUUAUGUGACACCUGCUGUAGAAAUGAGACCAGACAUAACAUUCCGUUCAUGCCAGAAUGUUGCACUGAGUGCAAGGCUUUUGCAGAAUGGAAAGUCUGCAAAGCCACCUGUCAUUUUAAAAAAUACAGCAGUGAUGCACUCACCACUCAAGAAAAAAGAUUCAGUGAAAUAUUCUUCAAAAUUACUACAAGAGGAGCAGUUUAGAAAAACCAGUGAAACUGAGUCAUCUGCACAAAAGAGCAGUGUGGUUUCCACAACAAAUCAGAGGUCACUAAGUGAUGAUGCUUCUUCAAAAACAAAGAGAUUUUCAGAAAUGCACCAGGCUGGACCUUGCAAGGUUGAAACUACACAGAAUACAGAGUUUAUUGAUGAGGAGAGUGUUGAUUGUGAUGAUGAAGGAAAUGAUGAUGCCUUCAGUGGUAGCUUGGAAGAAGAUGAGGAAAAAGAGUCCUCUGCCAAAGGGCUGGCAGGAGAUGGUGAGGCAAACUUUGAGGAUACCGAUGAAGACAGUGAGCUGGAAAACUUUGCUGACAAUACUACAGAUGAUGGAACCACUGACAGCAGCUCAGGUAACAAAUCUGGGUUUGAAAGCUCCACCCGCCCAAUGACAGCUGACUUCUCAAUGGUUCAUGCUGAUGAAGGAUCUGAAUUAGAUCAUUGCCUGAACUCCGGCAGCCGGCCAAGAACAGCCACGGGUCCUGUUCUCAUGAAACCAGCAUUCAGAUUUAGCCUGUUCUGUAACAUUCCACCGACCAUCAACUUUGUCUCAGAAGGAGAGAGAGCUGAACAGUUACCAUUAAAAUUGAGCAGACUCUUGAAGUGGAAGAUGAGCCCAAUCACACCAGGUGUUGUCAAAACUGCAGUCGCCCGUGUUGGUUUCAGAAUUUCAAAAAAAAGCCAUGACUGGCUGGGUUGUUUUGGCAAGCACAUGAAGUCAAGCUGCUUUAAAUGCCUUCAUGAAUAUCAAAAGCUAAACCACUUCCCAGGGUCCUUUCAGAUUGGUCGUAAAGACAAACUGUGGCGGAGCCUUUCCAAGAUGCAGGUGCACUUUGGGAAGCAGGAGUUCAACUUUUUCCCACAGACGUUUAUUCUUCCUGCUGACAUCAAACAGCUGAAGCAGGUCUGGGAAGAAAGUAGCAAGCAGAAGUGGAUUCCUGCCUCUGCAAGAGGUAUAGGUAUUCGUGUUAUUAGCAAAUGGUCUCAGAUACCACGACGUAGAGCUGUCAUAGUUCAGAGAUACAUUCACCGCCCAUUUCUGAUUAAUUCCAGCAAGUUUGAUUUGAGAAUUUAUGUCUAUGUAAGUUGUUACGACCCACUGCGCCUGUAUGUCUAUGAAGAUGGUCUAGCCCGUUUUGCCUCAUGCAAAUAUUCAUCCUCAUCAAAGACCUUUAACAACAGAUACAUGCAUUUGACUAACUACAGCGUUAACAAAAAGAAUGCAGACUACCUCAGCAAUACUGACGACACAGUUUGUCAGGGGCAUAAGUGGAGUUUGAAAGCUUUGUGGAGCUACAUGAAGAGGCAAGGAAUCAAUACAAAUCUUAUAUGGGAGACCAUUAGAGACCUCAUCAUUAAAACAAUCAUCAGUGGUGACUCAGUUAUCUGUAGCAUGACCAAGUUCAACACCAGCAGCAGAUACUGUUGCCAUGAGCUGUUUGGGUUUGAUAUCCUGUUGGAUGAAAACUUCAAGCCAUGGAUCUUGGAAGUCAACAUCUCACCAAGCCUUCACUCAAAUUCAGAGUUGGACAUUAAUAUCAAGGGAGCAAUGAUCAAAGACAUGCUGAACAUUGCUGGUUUCAGAUUGCCAGACGAGCGUGAUUUAAGUAGCAGCCAUGCAAAUACAGACCAGACUUACAGUUCACCCGUAAAUGCAUUUUGCAUGGACAAGCGUCUAUUCACCACUCAGCUAUCACCUGAUGAGCGAGCCAAACAUGCAUUUUACUGCCAGAAAUACAUGGAUGAG